AUCCAUCUACCUAGACUAUCCAUCCAUCCAUUAGCAAUCCACAACACGGCACAGCACCCUUCACCCACCCAAAGUAACGAAAUAUGGCGGAUGAGCAAUAUCUAACUUCUCUCCAACCCUUCAUCCUCCUCGCCAAGUCUGCUACCGGUAGAGCAGCCGCUGACCUCGUCAUGCAGGCAACAGCAGCCCCGGGCUGCUUUGUCUUCAGUGAGCUCCUGGAAAUGCCCAACAUCCAAGCCCUCGCCAACACCAGCGACGGGAGGAGAUACUUUGACCUUCUGAAGAUCUUCGCGUACGGAUGGUACGGUGAUUACAGAGGUUUGGUCCCCCCUCCUUCCAAAAAAAAGCGUCAACUGACACCCCACCCACCCCUAGACAAUGCCAAAAACCUCCCCCCACUCUCAGCAUCCCACCUCCACAAGCUAAAACAACUCUCCCUGAUAACCCUCUCCUCCAAGGGCCCGCGGAAUCUAACCUACACCUCCCUCCAGCGCACCCUUGACCUUCCUAGCACCCGCGCCUUGGAAGACCUCACCAUAAGCGCAAUCUACGCACAUCUUCUUGUUGCCAAACUCGACACCAAGGCCGCACGCAUUGAGGUGUCCAGCACUGCCGGCCGCGACGUCGCGCCGGAGGAGAUCCCGGACAUGAUCGCCACUUUGAAGAACUGGUGCCGACAAUGCGAGGACGUCCUUGGAGAUAUCGAUGAGCAGGUGCGAUGCGUGCAGCGUGAGGCAAUUGCCAGGAAGAGAGCCGCAGACGAGUAUGAGAGGGUCGUGGCGAUGAGGAAGGAAAUUAUCAAGUCGGAAGAAAAGGGCGGUGGUGGGAGCAGCGGUGGCGGGAUGGGCCCGGGGAUUCCUUCGGGAGUCCCGAGUGGAGGAGGCGUGGCCGGGAAGGGGAAAAGGGUCAUCAGCGAAGGUGAUGAGAGUGCUAUCCGCGGUAGCGGAGGUUGGGGCGAAGACGACGAGAUGGAAAUCGACGAAGGUCCCUUCGACGGUGUUACCUCUACCAGCAGCGGUGGCCCAGGUGGAGCAAACACCAGCAAGAGACGCACUAAGAAAGGCCUUGGAAGCGGCCUUGGCGGUAUCCUGGGCAGUAGACAGGGCAGGAGAUGAUUCCUCCACUUUAUUCAUCUAUUAUCGUUACUAUUAUUACUGCCUCAAGUUACUGUUUUUUCAUUUUUUUUUUCAUUCUUAAAUCUCCUCUUCAUCAAUCAGAUUUGCAUAGAUGGAGUAUAUCUGGCUGGUUUAGUUAUGGGACAUCGGUAUAAAAAAAUCCAAUAACCAAUGCAAAUCUUGAUGACGCGUACAUUUUGUUAUCAUUAUUAUUAUUGUCAAUAUUACCGGGAGAUUGGGAUCGGCGGUGCAGUUGAAACUAUCGUAGGAAAACAGAGGACAGGUAGCGGUAGAGAUAUUAUGCGUUCGCCGCACGGUAUGAUUGCAGUACGUUGGUCUAUAUAGCACUAACAUUUCUCGUCCGCACGGUACCAUAAUCCGCAAUUGAGGGGAGCUUUUUAAUUCCCCCCAUGAACCUCUGGACGUUUCGUGCAGAGGUGUGUAGCCCGUCUUUCCGCGUGUGCAGGUACUGUACUGGCGGAUCCCCAUCGUGCGGCAUCGGUCCAGCAUGAUACGGCAACCUUUUUUAUUCCAAGGGACUCCACCCACUCAUUCACAGAACAUCACUCGGUAUUCGGAUAGUAAAUUAUCACCGUCACAGUAGAGGUCGGCCCGUGACGGGGCGGAGGCCAAAAGAGUGCUCCAAAA